GCCGGGAUAUUUACUCUUUUGCCCUUUAAAAAAAAAAAAAAAAAAAAAAAAAAAAAAAAAUCAAGCAGAAAUUCAAACAAGUUCGGCAAGUGCUCAAGCAACUUUGGUUGAAGUUUAUGGGAAAAUAUGGGCAGCCCCUGGAAAGGCUUUGUUGAGUUUACCUUGCCUGCGUCACCACCCACCGCAUUUGUUAGUGCUGACCUGAGCAGCACCUCCCCUGUGGGACUCAGCCUGUCGCCAUAUGGCCGAUCCUGUGUUGCUGCUCUGUCCCCUGUGUCAGAAAUGGAAAGGGGCUCCUCUGAACCCCCUGUUGUCCGCAGCGGUGGCUCGGCCCCCGAUACCUCCACCACUCCAAUGCCCAUACCCCGCUCCUCCUCUGUCUCUUGCCACCCUCACCCUGGAAGUAAAAAGUACAAGCGGACUCCUUUGUAUCAGAGAUCAAUGAGUUUUGACCCAGGCAUGCUUCAUAACAACGGACACACUGCAUAUGCCAACGGCUCGGGGCCUGGCAUCAGGGAAACCGGUGUGGUGGAGAAGCUGUUGACUUCCUAUGGAUUCAUCCAGUGCUCAGAGCGCCAGGCUCGUCUUUUCUUCCAUUGCUCCCAGUAUAACGGGAACCUGCAGGAGCUUAAAAUAGGAGAUGAUGUAGAGUUUGAGGUGUCCUCUGACAGGCGCACUGGCAAGCCCAUAGCAGUGAAGCUGCUUAAGAUAAAGCCAGAAGUGCUGCCAGAGGAGCGCAUCUCGGGCCAGGUGGGGCCAGACCUGCACGCCUAUCCCUUUACUGUGCUGCAUGGUUAUAUUCAUCCAGUUAAGAGCACCGUUUUAUUUUUGGUUGUCAUUUGUCUGUCGGCUUUACUGAGAAAAUCAGUUGUUUUUCUGUUUCCCCUCUCUACAAACAUAUGGGUGACUUUUUUUUUCCCCCCCUUACGUUUACUUAACUUGAAUUUCUCUCUCUUUGUCAUUUUGCUUUAGGGAUGUCCUGAUCCAUCUUACUUUAGUAUACCCAACUAAAUUCAAAUACUGAUGAAUUUAGCUUUUUUAAAGUUUGAUUUUUCUCUGUACUACAACUCUCAGUAAUACAUGCUGCCAUUUUAGACUUGUUUGUUUCUUUUUAGGUUUUCUGUUUAAACAGUUGGCAAAACUGUAUUACAGAUUGUCCAGAUUAUGCCCUUUGUUGUCACAGUUUACCCUUGUUCUUGAUUUUUUUUUUGAGUUAUCAGACUUUGUCAUGUGUGCUUAUAAAUGACUCUAGAU